UCGGGCCGGCAAGAGGCCACUGAACUCGCGUCGUCAACUUCUUUCCUAGCUGAGCAGAGCGAGGCUGCUGCAACGAGCCGGGUGCCAUCAUGGCCGCGAAUUACUCCAGUACAGCUAACAGAAGAGAACACAUCAAAACAACAGCUAACCCUCAGCCAGGCUUCCUGGAGCGGCUCAGUGAGACCUCCGGUGGGAUGUUUGUGGGGCUCAUGACCUUCUUGCUCUCCUUCUACAUAAUUUUCACCAAUGAGGGUCGCGCGUUGAAGACGAUGACCUCCCUAGCUGAAGGGCUCUCUCUUGUGGUCUCCCCAGACAGCAUCCACAGUGUGGCUCCAGAGAACGAGGGGAGGCUGGUGCACAUCAUCGGGGCCCUGCGGACGUCCAAGCUCUUAUCUGAUCCAAACUACGGGGUGCACAUUCCAGCUGUGAAACUACGGCGACAUGUAGAGAUGUACCAGUGGGUGGAAGCAGAAGAGUCCAGGGAGUACACUGAGGAUGGGCAGGUGAAAACAGAGACGAGGUACUCCUACAAUACUGAAUGGAGGUCGGAAAUCGUCAACAGCAAAAAUUUUGACCGAGAGAUUGGCCACAAAAACCCCAGUGCAAUGGCAGUGGAGUCAUUCACAGCCACAGCCCCGUUUGUCCAAAUUGGCAGGUUUUUCCUCUCAGCAGGCCUCAUUGACAAAGUCGACAACUUCAAGCCACUGAGCCUGUCCAAUCUGGAGGACCCUCAUGUGGACAUCAUCCGCCGGGGAGACUUUUUCUAUCAUAGCGAGAACCCCAAGUAUCCAGAGGUGGGAGACCUGCGCGUCUCAUUUUCCUAUGCAGGACUAAGUGGGGAUGACCCCAACCUGGGCCCUGCUCAUGUGGUCACUGUGAUUGCCCGGCAGCGGGGGGACCAGCUAGUUCCAUACUCUACCAAAUCUGGGGACACUUUGCUUCUCCUGCACCACGGGGACUUCUCAGCUGAGGAAGUGUUUCAAAGAGAACAAAAGAGCAACUCUAUGAAGACAUGGGGCCUGCGGGCCACCGGCUGGAUGGCCAUGUUUAUGGGCCUCAACCUUAUGACCCGGAUCCUCUAUACUCUGGUGGACUGGUUUCCUGUCUUCCGAGACCUGGUCAACAUUGGCCUGAAAGCUUUUGCCUUCUGCGUGGCCACCUCACUGACCUUGCUGACUGUGGCUGCUGGCUGGCUCUUCUACCGGCCCCUAUGGGCCCUCUUCAUUGGCUGCCUAGCAUUGGUGCCCAUCAUUAUAGCUCGGACAUGGGUGCCGGCUAAGAAGCUGGAGUGA